UAAUUCAAUACAUUGAUUUUUAGUUAAUGGACAUCUCUAUCUGGUAUCGAAGAAGUUUUGUUUUUGUCUAUGCUACUCAUAUUUAUACAAAAUGGCUGAACUGUAACGACGUGUUUUUUUUUGCAAUUUUCGCUACAAUGGAGCUCAACAACGUUCAUAAUUUCGCAAACAACAAAAUCACUAGUGAUUCAGUGUAUUUGGAGAAUAUUAUUUGCUGUAACACAGUUUACAUAGUGAGCAAACCACGGAGAAGAAUAGUGGACGAUACUCUGGAUUUGUUCGCCUUGAAGUGUUGUAAAAAGUGGUGUGGACAAGCUUACAAGCCUUUUACAAUGCGUGCGUGAGUAGAAAUGGCUUAGCAUCCUCAAGACUGAACAUUCUGUAGUGUAUAAAAUGUAUUCUGUAGGUAAAGAUUGGCGCGAAAAUCAUAACAUCAACAUGUUCGAUCCCAGACGAUUAAACAUUCAAAAUUACAACACCGAGGCGCACCAGAAGGAGAUGAAGCACGCCUUCGGUGAGGGAAUCCUGACCAACUUACAUUUACUUCCGGAUCCUUUGAAAAAGAAUUUAGCUGACAGCAUUAUUACGGGGGAAAACAAACAGAACAGUGCGAAUAGAGACAAGACUUUUUUGAACACUACUAUAGAACCACCAAAAAUGGAGCAAGCUCCACCGACUUUUGGCGGGAUAACCAGCUUUUUCUCUGGCGUUUUGAGUGUCAUAACUGGCGCGAUGGCCAAUUGGCGUCCUAAAUCUCCCGUUCAGUACUACGAUUGUUUUGAUGAUGGCCCGCAGGGAGCGCCACUAGCUUGGCACCUAUCCAACAGUGAGGUUCAAAAUAAAUCAGUGCGGGACAUACAUUCAAAUUCAAAAACAGACAUGAAUAUAGACUGUAAGACGGCAGUGGCGCAAUGCGAAGAAAAAUUGAAUAAAGUUAGGUUGUUACUGUCAUCAAAGCCCAUACAAGCGCCUAAAUUUCGAACUAGACGACCGAAGAAGGCUUUUGUUGAACCGGGCUCGGUAGAAGAGAGCUUCGAAGAUGCAUUCUCACCAGAUGACUUUAUCAGUGUCUCUAGCAACACAUAUGUUGAAUAUUAUAGCCAAUUCCAAAUUCAUGAUGAGGAUCUAUUGCAAGUUGCAUCUCCGAAUAUUAAGGUGGAGAAAAGUGUCCAUAAUGACACAGAUAUCAUAGAAACACUCACAGAAGUCCCAAUAAAAUGUGAAGAAGUUAGCAUAAAAUCUAAUUGUGAUAAAGACCAAAAAGUUACACAGACAAAGGAAGUAUUUGAACAAAAGACUGAAAAAAAUAAUGCAGAGAAUUUAUGUAAAGAGCAAUUGAUAUCGUCAUGUGAAGAUAAAUUGUCCAAAUUAAAAGCGUUACUCCAAGAAAAACGCAAGAAAAAAACAGCUGAAGCAAACUCACCUGAUUCUGUACCAGAAGCAAUAAUUAAGAGUAAUGAGAAACUGAAACCGAACGACAAAAUAAAAGACAAACAUUAUAAGAAUCCGUGUCGCACAACAGACAAACGAAAAAAGACAUAUCUGAAAAAGAGCAUUCAAGACGACUUGUUAUUCGCUCAAGAGAUUGAUGGUGAUAAUUUGUCGAGUGUCGAAAAUUCCCCAUCUGUCAACUCAUUAGAUAGACUGUCUGACUCUGCUGAUCCGUUUCAAACGAAAACAGUUACUCCAAAUGAUACAAUGGAGUAUUUUGAUGAGGUUAGCGGUCGAUUCCGUUCAACAUCUACGACUGAGAGUGAAGACUCAUUUCAGAUUGUAUUCAGUGACAGUCCUAAGGAAACAAGAACGAAACGGGUGUCAGAGUGUGACUCAGAAGAUUCCUUCAUAGUGUUUGAAGAAUCACCAGACAGUUGUUAUACAUCAAAUGAUGUGUUCGGUGAUUCUGACGAUUCUAAUGGUGAAUACACAGACUCUGAGGCAGAUUUGAGUGACACAGAAGACAUGCAGGUUACAAAACUCUCCCACAGUAUGUCGAGGACUUUGAGUGAUUUGACAGAUGGCAGUUUGUACGAGGACAAUUCGAUGGAUGAAGUGGACUGUGCAGUGCGUAGUGUUUGUGAUGAGAUCCCGAGCCAGGAGAUCUCGGAUUUGAGUGAGAAUGUGUCUGACGCUAAUGGUGAACUAAAAUCGACCGGACUUCUGUUGAGCGACGAGAGGAAAAUGCAGAAGCGCAAGCUCCCUGCAAAAUCUGUGCGCUUUUCGUCGGACCCACCCAAAGUGCACGUGAUGCGCGUCUGGGCGUUUGCGGCCCGCCAGGCGAGGGCGGGGCACUGGGAGCGGUGCGCACUCGACAGGGACAGGUUUAAGAGGAGAAUCGCCGAUGUUGAUAUGGCAGUAUCUUGGGUGCUGCAGCCGAGACACCGGUCCCGUGUCAUGUUCCAACGAUUCAUGCCCUGGUGGAACGCCCAGAAGAGAAAAGAACUAGCCGAGAAGAAAGCUAGAGAAGAAGAAGAAAAGGUGAAGAAAGAACAAGAAGAGAAGGCUAGGAUAGAAGCAGAAGAAAAACGGGAAGAAAACCAAGUUCACGGUAACGAUUUGGUUAAUGACUGUGUUCGUGUUAAUGAUAAUGAUUGUGUUCACAUUAAUGAUAACCAUGUUGCAGUUAAUGAUGAAGGCCAGAAACAUGAUGAUGUAUCAAUGAACGAUGGAGUUAAAAUUGUAAAUGAUGAUACAGACAAAAUCGAAAAUAAACUAAACAAUAUUACAAUUAACGGUUUUGUCGAUAAAGCACACGUAAAUAAUAAAUCGUUGCUGAACGAUGAUUCCACGAAAAAUGGUCUCAUUAAUGACAAACAAAAUGAUUUCACGUCAAAGUUGAGAAGCGGCGGCCUCUCUAAUACUUGACGAUGUUUAAUGGCCAUGCCUUAAAAUCUCUGAUCGAUCUUCGAUUUUGAACUUUGUGGUAUAUUAUAUUGUGAUACAUUGUCAAAUGAAUAAGUAAUUUUUAAUCUUCUUAACAGCGUCGAUGGAAUGAGACAAAGAUAGUGAUAACAUGAAGUAUAGCAUCAUCAUCAGCCUAUUAAUGUCCCCACUGCUGGGGCACAGGCCUUCCCUAUGGAUGGAAUAGGAAGACUGGGGCCAUGGACCCACCACGCAGGCCCAGUGCGAAUUGGUGGGUGCUAACGACUGCAGUUACAGCCGGGUCCAACGGCUUAAAUUACCUUCCGAAGCACGAAGGAGCUCGAGAUAGUAAAUUUUUGGUCACCCAUCCAAUGACCGACCACUGCGAAAGUUGCUUAACUUCAACGAUCGUAGCCGAACGCGCUAAUCACUUGCGCCAUCGAGCUCCUGUUCGAACAUGAAGUAUUUAACCACGUCUCAAUAACGACACUUUUGAUACUGGGUUUAUCAAUUGGGAAUGCUUGCCGGCCCAUUACUUCAUAAUUACUCAAUCGUAUUGCUUCAGAAAAAACCAUGUCAAUUUUACCUUUAUAACUUCUUCAUACAAAAAUACACAAUAAAAUAAUACUAUCUUUUGGCGUUGUUGUGUUACUGUCGGUAAGGUUCCAGGAUUCCACAGGGUAGGGUAUUGGGCCCAGGACUUCAGGGCACCCAAGUAGCUUAAAUUUUAUGAUUCAUCAAAAGACUUUGUCUUUCUCAUUGUAUUCCCAUCACUGAGAAAUUGUUAACAGACAUCUCAAACUAUACAAAUAAAGCUUUAUGUAUCACAAUAUAAUUAUCACAAACAGUGUCAGAAUCUCAAACCCGAAAAAAUCAAAUUUUAAACCAACUUUUGAGAAAGUGAACUGUAUUUUUGCCCGACUUCGAGAAAAGAGGGUAGUGUUUUUCAAAUAAUAGUAAAAAAAAGCCGUUUAUCACAACAUGCGAAUAUAAUGUGACGACCUAUAACGGGCUGGGAGAGUGACGAAAGGUGCAUUAAUGUCAAACGCUGCUCAUCAAACGCAAAUGACCCUUAUACUUUUGUAUAUUGUUAUGGUAAUGUACCCCUAUUGCUAUGUCACCCCGUUAGGGACAUACGGCCCGAAAAAAGUACAUUCUCACACCUUAAAUUGGUUUCAAAUAGACUUUAAUCGUUCCUAUAAGCGCAAUAUUUAGAUCUCGAAACUUUUCUCUGUUACUCCAACUGUAUAAGAGUGACCAAUCAAAAUUGAGCUUUGCUUAGGGUUACCAUACGUCCGGAUUAGUCCGGACAUGUCCGGAUUUUUUAAAUUACGUUAAAUAUGAAUAAUGAAUG